AGGCUUUUUCAAUUACAUUCGACUUCGAAAAGAAGUAAAAGAAAAAUUCUUAAAUUUAAAAUUAUAAAAAAUAGAAUAAAUAAGAUAUUUUAAUGGUUAAAAAGCAUAGUAAACCAUUUGUUUAAGUGUUGUGUAAUCAAGAAACAUUUUAGAAGCAUAAUAUUCACUCGAGGAGAGGAAGAAUAAAAACUAUGUCGAGUCCGCAAAACGCUAUGGAUCAGGUAGAGCGACAGGAGUCAAUGGGCUCACCUGGUGCAGUCACUGGACCGCCACCUAACGUUCAACAACCACCAAUGCAGCAGCAACAACAACCUCCUGUUGGUGUGCCGAUGCCACUUCCACCACCGCAACAGCAGAUACCGCCACAACAACAAGUUCCUGAAACACCAACAAGUCAAGGUGAUCAACCACCACAGCAGCAACAGCAACCACCUCAAAUGCAAUCGCAACAGCCGCCAAGUAAUGGCCAUCAACAGCAACCUUUACAACAACAACCACCAUCAGCACCUUCGUCAGGUCCAAAUAAAAAUCUCCCAUCAAAUAUGUCAGAAGAUUUAAGAAUUCAAGCUCAGAUUGAAUUACGUGCAUUGCGCGUUCUGAAUUUUCAAAGACAAUUGCGAAGUGAAAUUGUUCAAUGUAUUCGACGUGACACAACAUUGGAGACAGCUGUUAAUGUUAAAGCCUAUAAGCGAACAAAACGUCAAGGAUUACGUGAAGCUCGUGCAACGGAAAAGCUUGAGAAACAACAAAAGUUGGAAGCAGAAAGGAAACGUCGUCAGAAGCAUCAGGAGUUCUUAACACUUGUGCUACAACAUGGAAAAGAUUUUCGUGAAUAUCAUCGAAAUAAUUUGGCAAAACUUGGACGUCUUAACAAAGCGAUUAUUAACUAUCAUGCAAAUGCUGAGCGUGAACAAAAGAAGGAACAGGAACGUAUCGAGAAAGAGCGAAUGCGUCGUCUGAUUGCUGAAGAUGAAGAAGGGUACAGAAAGCUUAUUGAUCAGAAGAAAGAUAAACGUUUGGCUUUGUUAUUGUCACAAACCGAUGAAUAUAUUGCGAGUGUCACUGAAAUGGUCAAAGCGCAUAAAGCUGAACAACGGAAAAAGAAAGCUGAUGAUGAAGUUCGUAAGAAGCAAACGAAGCGUGACAUUUUAAAGAGUGGAGAAAUUCUUAUGCUUGAUGAGAAUUGUGAAGCGAUUGAUUGUCGUGUUCGUGUUAUGGAAUCGAACAGUGGAAAAAUUCUUUCAGGCGAUGAAGCCCCAUUGCUACGUUAUUUGUAUAAAUGGCUUCAACAACAUCCAGGAUGGGAAUAUAUCAUCUCUGAAAAUGAAGAAUCAGAUGAUGAAGAGGGAAAAAAUGAAGAUAAGAAACGACGUGAAGAUAAUCAUGAAAAGACAGAAGAAGAAAAAGCACAGGAACUCAUUAAAAAAGCUAAAGUUGAAGAUGAUGAAUAUAAAGCUGAAGAAAAGAAUUAUUACAGCAUUGCUCAUGACAUUCGUGAAUAUGUCACUGAACAAGCUUCAAUUAUGGUUAAUGGUAAACUAAAGGAAUAUCAGAUUAAAGGUCUUGAAUGGUUGGUUUCAUUAUUCAAUAAUAAUUUGAAUGGAAUUCUUGCUGACGAAAUGGGUUUGGGUAAAACAAUUCAAACAAUUGGGUUGGUAACAUAUUUAAUGGAAGCGAAAAAGGUGAAUGGACCAUUCUUGAUUAUCGUACCAUUGUCAACAUUAUCAAAUUGGGUACUUGAGUUUGAGAAGUGGGCGCCAUCUGUCAUUGUUGUCUCAUAUAAAGGCUCACCUGGUAAUCGUCGUUUGAUUCAAAGUCAAAUGAAAGCAACGAAAUUUAAUGUCUUAUUAACGACAUAUGAAUAUGUUAUAAAAGAUAAAGCAGUGUUAGCAAAGCUACAUUGGAAAUAUAUGAUAAUUGACGAGGGACAUCGGAUGAAGAAUCAUCAUUGCAAGUUGACGCAAGUUCUCAACACACAUUACAAUGCACCACAUCGUCUGUUAUUGACUGGAACACCAUUGCAAAAUAAACUUCCAGAAUUGUGGGCUUUAUUGAAUUUCUUACUCCCUUCAAUCUUCAAAUCAUGCGUCACUUUCGAGCAAUGGUUCAAUGCACCAUUCGCAACAACUGGUGAAAAAGUUGAAUUAAAUCCUGAAGAACAAAUGUUAAUUAUUCGUCGUCUUCAUAAAGUUAUGCGUCCUUUCUUACUUCGUCGUUUAAAGAAAGAAGUCGAAUCACAACUUCCUGAUAAGAUUGAAUAUAUUAUUAAAUGUGACAUGUCAGCAUUGCAACGUGUCUUGUAUAAGCAUAUGCAAAGUAAAGGCGUGUUGUUAACUGAUGGAUCUGAACGUGGAAAUAAAGGAAAAGGUGGAUCGAAAGCAUUGAUGAAUACAAUUGUUCAAUUAAGAAAGCUUUGUAAUCAUCCAUUUAUGUUUCAACAUAUUGAAGAGAAAUAUUGCGAUCAUGUUGGUGGUUCAACUGUCGCUAAUGGUCCGGAUUUGUAUCGUGUGUCAGGAAAGUUUGAAUUACUUGAUCGAAUUCUACCGAAAAUGAAUGCGACGGGACAUCGUGUAUUGCUUUUCUGUCAAAUGACACAAUGUAUGACAAUUAUUGAAGAUUAUUUAAGUUGGCGUAAGUACGGAUAUCUUCGUCUUGAUGGAACAACCAAAUCUGAAGAUCGUGGAGAUUUAUUGAAGAAAUUCAAUUGUAAGGAUUCUGAAUAUUUCAUUUUCUUGCUUUCAACACGUGCUGGUGGGUUGGGUUUGAAUCUUCAAACAGCCGAUACUGUCGUAAUUUUUGAUUCAGAUUGGAAUCCACAUCAAGAUUUGCAGGCUCAAGAUCGUGCUCAUCGUAUUGGACAACGUAAUGAAGUUCGAGUCUUGCGUUUGAUGACAGUAAAUUCAGUUGAAGAGAGAAUUCUUGCUGCUGCACGUUACAAACUCAACAUGGACGAGAAAGUCAUUCAAGCUGGAAUGUUUGAUCAAAAAUCGACAGGAAGUGAACGACAACAGUUCUUACAAAGUAUUUUAACACAAGAUGAAGGUGACGAUGAAGAAGAAAAUGAAGUGCCGGAUGACGAAAUGAUCAACUUGAUGAUUGCACGUAGCGAUGACGAGUUGGAAUUGUUUAAGAAAAUGGACAUUGAGAGGAAGAAUAGUGCACAUCAAACGAGAUUAGUUGAAGAGAAAGAAUUGCCAGAUUGGUUGACGAAAGACGAUGAAGAGAUGGAUCGAUGGAAUGACGAUGAUGACGAUCAAACGAUUCUUGGAAGGGGAUCACGACAACGUAAGGAAGUCGAUUAUACUGACAGUUUGACUGAGAAAGAAUGGUUGAAAGCGAUUGAUGGCGAUGACAUUGAUUUUGAUGAUGAAUUAGAGAUUGAAGAACGUGAUCGUAAGAGACGCGGCAAGAAGAGAAAGAAGGAUUCUGAUGAUGAAAGCAUCAUUUCUACAGUUACAAAACGAAAGAAGGGCAUCACUGAUCCUAAGAUGAAGAAGCAAAUGAAGAAGAUUAUGAGCAUUGUCAUGAAGUACGAGAUUGAUGGUCGCGUGUUGAGUGAACCUUUCAUGAAGUUACCAUCACGUCGUGAACUGCCAGACUAUUACGAAGUUAUUAAAAAGCCACUUGACAUUAAGAAAAUUCUCUCACGCAUCGAUGAAGCUAAAUAUGUUGAUUUUGCUGAUUUGGAGAAAGAUUUCUUCCAAUUAUGUCAAAAUGCUCAGAUCUACAACGAAGAAACGUCGUUAAUCUAUGAAGAUAGCAUCGUCCUUCAAAAGAUUUUCUCUCAAGCUAAGCAGAAAGUUGCUGAAUCUGAUGAAACUGAAGAAGAUGACGACGAUGAUUCCGAUUCAUCUGACUCAGAAAGUAUGAAAAUGAAACUGAAGCAUUUAAGUAAAGCUUCAUCAUCGAAAGAUAAUUCUUCGUCAUCAUCUAAGAAAACACCAGCAAGACGAAAGAAGAUUGCAAAGAAAUAUAUUAAUUCCGAUGAGUCAGAUGAUGAUGACAUGGACUAGACUGGCUUUGUGUGUGUGCGUGUUUGAGUGUACACCACUUGGAAUGAGAGACUAAUUUUAAUAUAAAUUUCAUAAUUAUAUUUACUUAUGGUCACACAUUAUAAGCAUAAAAAUGCAUCAAUUGUAUGGUAAUUAAAAUUUCUCAAUAAAGUUUGGAUUUUAAAAUUUAAAUGGAGGUUUUCUGAAAAGAAAUCAAAUUGUCAGUCCGAUUAUUUAUUUUCUCAU